AUGAAGCGCGUAAUCGUGUUCGGCGCAUCCGGCGUUCAGGGUUCUGCCCAAGUCAAAGCUCUGGUGCAUGCAGGCCACGCUCCCAUCGCAGUCAGUCGGAGCCCAAAGUCAUUGGUCGAAGGUCAACAGAUUGAGACCAUAGCCUUAGACUUCAACGACAAUGAUGGUCUCGUCAGAGCGCUUGAGGGACCUGAAGUCAUCUUUCUUAACCUGCCUAGCACCUCUUUUCAGCCCGGUCCACCAAUAAUUGCUGCUGCAGAAGCCAUCGGAAGAGCGGCGGCCAACAGUGCAAGUGUCAAAUUGAUUGUCUUCAACACGAGUAUGCCGGUGCCUGAGGAAUGUCAGAACAUCCAAGCACAAGAUGACCGGCGCAAGAUGAGAACGUUGUUACGAGCAACCGGAGUGCCCGUAAUAAGUAUUCAACCAGUUGCGUAUCUCGACAACCUCCUUGAGGGCUGGGCGCUUCCCCCAAUCAGGGAUCGACAUACAGUGGUUUACUGCCAUAAGCCAGACCUGCUGGUCAGCUGGAUAUGUCAUGAUGAUCUGGCAAACCUGAUGAUCGCUGCUAUGGACAAACCAAGUCUUGCUGGCCGCAAUAUUCCGGUUGGGGGGCCGGAAACGGUCGUGUUGGAAGAACUGGCAGCAAAGCUGAGCAAGGGAUGGGGCACGAAGAUGAAGCAUGAGAAUCAGACCGUUGCUGAUUUCUGUGACAAAAUAAGCAAAACGAUGCAAGGUCGAGGAUUGGAGACGGAAAGAAUCGUGAAUCAGAUGUACAGGGCAUACACAUACUACAAUGAAGUACCAGAGUUUAAAAUCGACAUGGACCCGGUACUGAAGGAGCUGCCAGUGAAGCUGACUUUGAUUGAGGAUUGGGCAAAAACUCAUCCAGUCCCUGGUAUGAAGAUUGAAUGA